CAAUUAAAAAUAAAUUUCCACCCUUACUUGAGCCUGGAUUUGCAAAUAAAGCAAGAUUAUGCGGAAAUGUUAGGAAUCUCGAUCAGACAGGCGACCAGCGCCAACCGCAGCAGCCACCAACGGCCGACAAGAAACCCGAAAAAACGAUAAAUAAGCGGCUUCAGCGGACUCAGGCACAGGUCAACGAAGUCGUGGACAUUAUGCGGGUGAACAUUGAAAAGGUUCUUGAACGCGAUAAAAAUCUCUCACAGCUGGAUGAUCGGGCAGGUGAGACAUUUAACGCAUCUUUCAUAACCAUUUUUUGGUCGUGCCUUUGUAAAAGUAUGAAAAAUAGUUCACCCACAGGUUCUUUAUCGAAGACGAGGUGCAGGAUUUUUUUCUUUCAAAUCUCUUGA